UUGUGUGUAAACAUGGGAAAUAGGAAAUAGGUGAUUAUUAAGAGGAGAAAAGAAAAACAAUUUUUUUCAUUGUCUAUAGGAAAUAAAAUAAAAUAAAAAUGAGGAUCAGCGUUGAUGGUCUGAUUGUGUAUUUCCCUUACGAUUAUAUUUACCCCGAACAGUAUUCUUACAUGUGUGAAUUGAAAAAGGCGUUAGAUGCUAAGGGUCACUGUUUGCUGGAAAUGCCUUCGGGUACUGGUAAAACAACAACGUUGCUGUCUUUAAUUGUUGCUUAUAUGCUGGAAAAUCCACAUGAUGUAAGAAAGUUAAUCUACUGUUCCCGGACGGUGCCUGAGAUUGAAAAAGUUAUGGAAGAAUUAAAAAAACUUCUUAGUUAUUAUGAAAAAUUAGAUGGGCAGUAUCCCAGCUUAACUGGAGUAGUAUUAUCUUCUAGAAAAAAUCUCUGCAUACAUCCAGCGGUUAGUACUGAAAGGGAAGGUAAAAUAGUCGAUGGAAAAUGCCAUUCACUGACAGCUAGCUACAUACGAGAACGUCACAAUUAUGAUGAUACUACGCCUGUAUGUCAGUUUUAUGAAGGUUUUGCACUGGACGGAAAAGAAAGUACUAUGCCAUACGGAGUCUAUAGUCUAGACGACUUAAAACAGUAUGGAAGGGACAGGAACUGGUGUCCAUACUUUUUGGCUAGAUUUGCGAUUACCUAUGCCAAUAUUGUAGUAUACAGUUAUCAUUACUUAUUGGACCCAAAAAUUGCAGAGGUGGUAUCAAAAGAACUAACGAAAGAGGCCGUUGUAAUUUUUGACGAGGCUCACAAUAUAGAUAAUGUAUGCAUUGACUCGAUGAGCGUAAAAAUUCAUAAGAGGACCAUCGAGAGAGCCACAGCAAACAUUCAGUUGUUGGAAAAGACUGUCGCGGAGAUGAGGGACGAUGAUCACAAAAAACUUCAAGACGAGUACCAGAGGUUAGUCGAAGGCCUGCGAGAUGCCACUGUUGCGAGAGAGACAGAUGUAAUCCUUUCAAACCCUGUUUUACCCGAUGAGAUAUUACAGGAAGCUGUACCGGGGAAUAUAAGGAAUGCGGAACACUUUAUAAGUUUUCUUAAACGGUUCGUUGAGUACCUAAAGACUAGGUUGCGGGUACAGCACGUCGUACAAGAAUCGCCGGUAGGUUUUCUUAAAGAUGUACAGGCUAAAGUGUGUAUCGAGAGGAAACCGCUGAGAUUUUGCGCUGAACGCUUGGCAUGUCUAUUAAAAACACUAGAAAUAUCGGAUCUUACAGACUUCAGCCCAAUUAUUUUAAUAACACACUUAGCUACACUGGUUUCGACGUACAUGAAAGGUUUCACGAUAAUCGUCGAGCCGUUUGACGAUAAAACCCCAACCGUCUCGAAUCCUAUUCUACAUUUUAGCUGUUUGGAUUCAUCUAUAGCGAUUAAACCGGUUUUUGACAGAUUUCAAACAGUGGUGAUAACUUCCGGUACCUUGUCGCCAUUGGAUAUGUAUCCCAAGAUAUUAAAUUUCCAUCCCGUCAUUAUGGCAUCUUUCACGAUGACCUUAGCAAGGCCGUGUCUUCUGCCAAUGAUUGUUUCGAAGGGCAACGACCAGGUGGCUAUUUCUUCCAAAUUUGAGACUAGGGAGGACAAUGCUGUGAUCAGGAACUACGGGCAACUACUCGUAGAGAUCGCUGCAAACGUUCCCGAUGGCAUCGUUUGCUUCUUCACGUCCUACUUAUAUCUGGAAUCUGUGGUCGCCAGCUGGUACGAUCAAGGUGUUAUAGACAGCUUGCAGCGCUACAAACUGUUGUUUAUCGAAACUCAAGACUCGGCAGAAACUAGCUUCGCUCUGAUGUACUACAUAAAAGCUUGCGAGUCUGGUAGAGGAGCGGUUCUGCUGUCCGUGGCCAGAGGUAAGGUGUCGGAAGGGGUAGAUUUCGACCACCACUUGGGCCGAUGCGUGCUUAUGUUCGGCAUACCCUACGUUUACACCCAGUCCAGGAUACUAAAAGCCAGACUGGAUUAUCUGCGGGACCAGUUCCAGAUCCGUGAGAACGACUUUUUAACGUUCGAUGCAAUGCGACAUGCCGCACAGUGUGUGGGAAGGGCCAUUCGGGGUAAGACGGACUACGGUAUCAUGAUCUUCGCCGAUAAGAGAUUCGCGAGGGCCGAUAAGAGAUCCAAGUUGCCGAAGUGGAUACAAGAGCAUUUGAGGGAUUCGCUCUGCAAUUUGUCAACCGAAGAGGCGGUUCAGAUGGCAAAAAGAUGGUUAAGGCAGAUGGCGCAGCCUUUCACGAGAGAAGACCAGCUGGGCGUUUCUUUACUUACCUUGGAGCAGUUGGAAGACUUGGAGGCGAAAAAAGUUCAAGAACAAUCCGAAGAAGUUUAAAUCGUUGCUUUAUCGUUUAAAACUUAGUUUUAUACUCAAAUUUUGUUUUUUUUUUAAAUAAAUAUCCCAUCGUUUCGUAA